AUGUUGUCGGUUAAUUCAGCACGUCAACUCUUGAACAUGUUGUUUUCCUUGCACGCUGUGUUCCUGAGCGUGGCCAUGGUGGAGAGCAGCGCAUCGAAUGGAAAUGAAAAAGAUUGCAUGAGAUCCAACGGUGUGGAGUACAGAGGGGAACAGCAAAGCUCCUCCUCGGGUCUGACCUGUCUCACCUGGACCAACACCAGCAGAGUCUACGACGUUAAACUCCACCCUGAUUCACAGACAGGUGUGGGAGAUCACAAUUACUGCCGAAACCCAGACUCCUCUGAGAGGCCUUGGUGCUACAUUGCUGGCCCAGAUGGGGCAAUCCAGAGACAAUUCUGUGCAAUUGGCACAUGCAAAGGACAAGAAUCUAUUGUACCAACGGAGGCAGAAUCCCUCAAGCCAACAGGAAGCGUUCCCUCCACUGAGAGCUUUCAACCAGCCAAGACCGGGGCCUCUCAGGGAGCAGUGGCUGCGGUGCAGCCAGUGCUGGGAAUCAGCCAGCGAGUGCGCACAGGACCCACAAAGAAAAAGGACCUUGGCACGCUCGGCUACGUCGUCGGCAUUCUCAUGAUGGCGAUUAUAAUCAUCCUCGGUGUAGGCAUCACAUUGGGCUACUUCUAUAAGAGGGGUCAGGACUUAAAGAAACAGCAUGAGCAGCGAGUGUAUGAGCGCGAGAUGCAGAGGAUCACCCUGCCCCUGUCGGCCUUCUCCAACCCCACCUGUGAGCUGAUGGAUGAGAACACCAUCGUGAUCACUGCAGAGGACGAGACGACCCCCGUCCAGGACGGCGGGGAGGGCGCGGACCCUCUCAUGGGCCAGCAAGCCGGUACCCCCGGAGCAUGAGCAGUGUUUUUUAUACAUCGGAGGCACACAAGAAUAAGCUGUGUACACAGUCCGGACAACUCAAAACCAUUGUGGUGGAUCUGUUGUUAUUACAUGAAGUCUUAAAUAUUCACUUUUGCUACAUUUGAUAGCCAAGAAAAUAAGGCCAUGUACUGUGCUCUUAAAUAACAGUAUGAAUAUCUAGUUAAAUGGACUUGCUACUGUUUAUAUUGUGUGUAAUGAAACAAGUUCUUUAAAACAAGAUGGUGUUUGGAAUGGGGGUUCAUAGUUCAUAGCCUUUUGUUUCCCCCUGUGUUUCCAUGGGGACACAGUGCUCUCCACAGGAGCUUUCAUUCGCAUUGACCUGUUGGCCGUGCUGAGGGAGACGCAGAUAAGAAACUUGUAUGUAAAAAAAAAAGACUGCUUCGUCUCGGAGACACGCUGGUGACACAAAAAUAUGCUCCUCUGAGACGGGAUGAGGGAGAAUGAGGUAAAGCCGGCCCACUAAAGACAAGGGAAGUCCUCCAAUUCUGCCUUAGCAUGAUACUUCUGAAUGUGUUUGUUCUUCUUGAAACCAGAUCAAUUUCUCUUUUUUUUGGUACUUUUUUGUACCAGACCUACGUGGUUACAAAUUAUGACGGGCGGUCAGAUCAUCGGCAGACACGAGAGGACUUCUUCCACAGGUUAGGGAGUGACAGGAAAUAUACAGCGUGGUCUCAGGGAGAGUGAGAGAUAGUCGAUGGUGGUCAGGGCGACACAGAACAGGAAGAAGACGAGAAAAGGUCUGUCCUUGCAGAGCGCAACAGCGAGUGAAGGGAUGCUGAAGCCCAGUGAUUAGAUACCGACAUUUGAGUUAUGCACUUGACGCUUCAGGAUAGAGAGCGAUCGAUGGAGUAUAAUAGAAACAGUCCGAGGUUUGCUGUUCAUUGAAACACAUCCGUGCAUGCGCAUGGUUACCUGCUGUAUGUUUGUAUUCAGGGGCCAUAUUUUUGCAUCUUAAAAAGAACUGAUUGAAGAAGACAUUUUUUGAAAAAACCUGCCUGGAAAUAGAAAUAAUCGUACACAGAAGAUUUUGUUACACAUGAUGCAAAGUUACUUCAGAGAAAAAAAUCGUGUUUGUUAUCACUCCAUUACUCCACAUGAUCCUGUUUCGUGGUUAUUGCUGAUCACUGAUAAUCUCUGGUAACUGCUGCUCCAAUAUUUUGUUGUUGUGUCCGUGUGCUGAUUGUAAUUCUUUUUUUCUUCAUAUAAGCAACAUGUUCAAAAUACAUUUCAGCAUUUGUAUGAAUUCAUAUUUUCACUGCUGGGACUGAAAUAAAACAUCAAAUGUUGA